AUGAGCGUGGAGGACACCGAUGUAUUAUUACAAUUAGUACUCGAUUUAGAGCGUAAAUUCAAUCUAGAGCCAUCAAGCCAUCACGACUUAUCGACGCGUCUAAAGGAAGAAUUGGAUAGAUUUGCGUUAGAAGAUGUUAAAGACUCACCUAUAUCAUUAAAUGAUAUCCUCGUUUACUUAUAUCAUCAACGUAAACAGAUCCAUAGUGAAAUUUACAAUCUCAAAUCUAAAACUUAUUCAAAGCCCAAGUACUUUUACACUCAAUCUGGUAAAGAUGAAUUGAGAAGCUUGGAUAUGACAAAGGAGAACAUGCGCUUAGAUGCAGUUGAAGAUGGUAGAUUCGAUCAGACACUCAAAGGUUUCACUGUUGAUAGUAUCAUAUCUUUAACUACUCAAAGCAAUAUCAUCACCAAAGCUUAUUGGAGUCCACGUGAUCUGUCUAAUUCUGAUCAAAUUAAGCAGCUCGCAGAAGAUAAUACCGAUCUCUCAAUUCAAGCACUCUACAAGCAGAAAGAGUUACGCGAGAUACGCGACAAGAUACGUAAGAGAAGAAUCGACGUUAAUGCAUCUACAAAAGAUCUUCAAACUAUCACAAGAGGUCUCGUUAGUCUCGACAAAGUCAGGGAGAGUAAGGUUAAGGGUAAAUUCACUCCUAAACAGUGGCAAGAAUAUGACACUAUCAUUAAAGAACUUAAACUUAAUAUACAAAAAAACAUGAGGAAGAAAUUCAUCAUUCAACAUGCUAUACUUUAUUGGCAACCGUAUUGGUCAGAAUCUCCAAAAUAUGUCAAAAGAAUGUUAAAGAUGUGCGAUGAAGGAAGACUGGUUCAAUAG